AGAGACAUGAUGGCAUUUGUAGACUGCUCAAGUUGAGCUAGUGAUAAAGAGAAGCCAGAGAGAAUUUCUCCACACACUUUUCACCUCAGUGCUGUGGCAGUCAGGCUGGGAUGAGGGGUUAACAUGGGAGAUAAAGAAUACCAAUCCACAUACAGGUAAAACAGGACAAUGACCUUCAAUUUCAAGUCUCCGCCUUUACACAGUUCACGUCAAGUUCUGAAGUCUUUGUGGGAGAUCAGCUCCCAGCGCUGGCCCGGUUCGGCGGCAGGAGGCAUCCUCUCCAGAGAAUGGCUGCGUCGCUUCUUACUGCUGAAGCUGCUGACUGUGCUGCUGUUCCCUCAUGGAUCAGGCCUCCCUCUGCUGGUGGGCUGCGUGUUCAGCCUGCUGGCCCUGUUGCUGCUGCGCUCCCCUCACAUCUCCACCAAACCCUCCACUGUCUUACUGGGGCAGCUGGCUCGCACAGACGGCCUGGUGCUGCUGCAGUGGGCUCUCCGGCUGGGAGCGACGCUGGGCCGCUGGCUGGACGACUCAGGAUGUGAGAUGAAGGGGUGGAGGCCGGUUUGGCGAGGGGAGGCCGUGAGCGUGCUCUGUCAGCAGCUGCUUGAUGCUCACCAGCUGGCCUCUCUGCUCCUGCUGGGGCUGCUGGGACUGGAGGCCACGUUGGUGUCACGCUGGCCUCAGCAGACUCGCAGAUUCAGGACUUCUCACUGGGCGCAGAUCAGCUGCGGUCUGGUGUGGAUAUUUGUGCUGCUAGAACUCGUGUCUUUGCUCUACUUGAAGCUUGUGCAGGACCUCAAACAUGAGACGUAUCCAACAACACUGCAAGACUCUCGGAGUUUCCCUCUGGGCCUCCCGACCUUCUGCCUCUGCCUGAGGAGGACUUUAUGGCUGCUGAACUCAUGGCUGCAUUACGCCGUCUUCAAUAGCAAACCACAGAGGAGGAAGAGCUCCUUUCAUUGAAAGCUUGCCAAAUAACAUGCUAUGUAUUACAGUUUUAAUUGUAUUUAAGACUAAUUAAUUAUAAAUGUUGUAAAUACUGCAUAUUUUAUGUAAGAUUGUGCUUUUUUUCCAUUUUAGAUGUUAUAUCUUUUGUGCUUUAAUGAAGAGACCAUCUCAGGAAAUGUGUUUAGUCCAGAACAGAAGUGGAAGAUUCUUUACUUGAGUUAAAGUGUCAGUGCAACAAUAUAAAAUACUUUAAGUAAAAGUCCUUCAUGAAAAAUCACUUUAAAGCAGAAGUAUAUUAGUUUUAGCAGCAAAAAAGUAUUUUAAAUAUUAAAGUGAAAGUACUGGUGUGGUCAUUCUGACUGAUAUGUUAUUAUAUACGACAUCAUUAGAUGACUAAUGGUGAAGCGUCAGUGUGUCAGCAGCAUGUCAGUGUUGUAGCUGCUGCAGGUUUCAACUACUUUAUAUCCAGUUUUGCAAACAUGAACAGCAGAUAAAAAAGAAAAAAAAUAAAUUCUAGUUCAGACCUGUUCUAACUUUUGGAACUUUUUCCUCUAAUAUUUGAUUUUUCGUCAGAUAUCGGACCAUUUAUUGAAAUGAAACCUCUCACGGACAUCUGAAAUGACUACAUACUUUGUCAGAAGUCCAAAAGGCUGGUGUCGUGUUUUAUUUUUACAUUCUACUCCACUGCAUUUAUCUGACAUAUUUCCCUGUGAAAUGUAGUGGAAUGGAAGUAUAAAGUAGUGUGGAAAAUACCUUCAAAUAGUACUUAAUAGGUGCAGCACUUCAGAAGAUCUAUUUAGUUAAACCACAGCUUUAGAAUUAAAGACACAAUAGUUAGACAAAAACAGACUGCAUACCAAACAUUUUAGUGAAA